AUCUGAGGUUUUGGAGGAACAACAAUAUUAAAAUGGCAUCCGACAACAAUCAAGAAAGUAGUGUUCUUAAAGAGUUGCCGAAAAUUGCAUGGACACGUUUGAAGGGUUGCUCCGACAAGGUUGUUAGUACGGUGAUGUGUCCUGUCAGAGAUGCCAAGAACCUAGGAAAACAAGAUCCGAGAAGAAUCACUCACUCGUGUAAAGUCGGAUUGGCCGUAACCCUAGUUUCGUUACUCUACUAUUUCGAUUUCUUGUACGAUGGUUUCGGCGUUUCUGCGAUGUGGGCUGUCAUGACUGUCAUUAUCAUCUUCGAUUUUACCGUCGGAGCAACACUUGGAAAAGGGGUGAAUAGAGGGGUUGCCACAUUGAUUGGAGGUGCAUUAGGCCUCGCAGCGCACCGGUUAACGAGUUUUAACGGAAGAAUCGUGGAAUUUAGUGUGCUCGGAUUUUUCAUUUUCUUGAUAUCUGCUUUGGCGACAUUUAUUCGAUUUUUUCCGAAAGUACAGGCGAGAUAUGAUUAUGGACUUUUAGUAUUUAUAUUGUCGUUUUGUCUGAUAUCGGUGUCGGGCUACCGGAAUGAUGAGGUCAUGCUGAUGGCAUACAGAAGGCUGUCGACAGUUAUGAUUGGUGGAGUUCUUACUGUGUUCAUUUCCAUAUUUGUGUGCCCGAUUUGGGCUGGUGAAGAUCUUCACAAUCUCACGGCUAAUAACAUCGAAAAGCUUGGGAUUUUCAUGGAAGGUUUCGAACGAAGAUACUUUGAGACAAACAACGAUAAAAAGCAAGAGAAGAAAGCUUCACCGGACGGAUACAUAACGGUUAUUAAUUCCAAAAGCACCGCUGAUACAUUGGUGAAUGUUGCAAAAUGGGAGCCUAGGCAUGGUAGGUUUAAGUAUUGGCAUCCAUGGGAACAAUACCUUAAGAUUGGAGCCAAUACUAGAGAAUGUGCAUGCAAAAUUGAUGCAUUAAAUUGCUAUCUCAACUCAAAGAUACAGACACCGAUGGAAAUCCGAGAGAAGAUACAAGAACCGUGCACGACAAUAAGCCAACAAUGCAGCCACGCUCUGAGAGAACUAUCGGUCGGGAUCAAGAAAAUGAGUAGCCCUGCGAUGCUGAGCGACCCUCAUAUAAAAAAUGCGGAGGCUGCCGCCAAGAGUCUCGAGUCUUUGUUGCAGAACGGGAAGUGGCUUGAAAUCGAUUUCCGUGACAUGAUACCGGCGGCAGCGGUGGCUCUACUGCUCAUUGAAAUGGUCUCUUGCACGGCUAAGUUAGCCGACUCGGUCCACGAGCUCGCUUCCAUGUCAAAAUUUAGGGCUCCAUAUGAUAAUGCGGUGAAGGCUAAUCAGACGUGCUUGGAGAGAGUGGUGGUAGUGACACGUGUAUCGAACGAUCACAAGGUUUCACUGUUGUGCUGAGGUGGAAUCAAUUA